CUUUGCUCAGCAAACGGAUUGUAACAUUUGGACGUGGUCUUUUUUUCCUGAGUUGAGCUGCCUGAGCAGAAUGGUAUCGCUCGUGAAUUACGCGUGUCUUUUCUUGCCUGUUGCUCUCCAUCUGAUCGUCGGCCCCUGUCCCAGCUCUGCUGCCUCCACCAGGAGGUGUCACUCCAUCUAUAAGGGCUUCGCUCAGUGUCUGAUGGCUCUGGGGGACAGCCUGACUGAGAGUGCCCAGAAGAUCGAGGAUACACAGGAGAUACAUACCAUCUGCAAGUCCUGGGAUGAGUUUCAUGACUGUGCGAAUGUGGCGAUGGCGGGCUGUCCUGAUGAGGCUGCUGCAGUCUGGGAGUCUCUGCGACAGGAGUCCAAGAAGAUGCAGUUUUCUGGUAACCUGUAUGACAUGUGCUCCAGUCGUAACCAACCAGCUGGCACUGCUGAUGCCCUGAGCCCACCCAACCAGGAAGAGAUUAACCAGGAGUCUCUAAAAGCACACACCCACCAUCUAGGUCCCGCCUCUUUCUGGUUGCUCUCCUUAUGUCUGUCCCUUCUGCUGCUGUUGGCCAAGAUAUAGGCACGAUCAGGGUGAAGGAGAGGGAGGAACUCAUUGAGGACAUGUAAAAAAAAAAAAAAUAUUAAAAAAGGAUAAUAAACUCACAAAUAUUUUUUGUGUACUAAAACUGAGUUGCAUAUAUUUCUAGCUGCAUGUUCAGAUUGGUGGCUCCUCAUCUGUAGUGUAUUCAUUUCAUACACACAUUAUCUCUCUAACUCUCUCUGAAAUACUCUCCUCCUUUUCAUCAAUUUAAGAGUUGGAUAGUAUGGUUCCAGGGGGAUGCUGUCUGGGAGAGCUGAGGGUAGAAUGUAAAUGAGCAAAUAAACCUCAAACAUCUAGAACCCAAGACAGCUUAUUCAAGCCUCACCAGGCAAGGCUUAACAGCAACAUCUCACACAGAAACCUGCAUCCUGAAGUUUCCUUCAGGUUGUUAUUCAAUCAGAGAGCACUGUGGGAUGUUUUGUAGCAUUAAAGGCUCAGACAAUUUUUGUUAUUUCGUUUGGGACUCACUGAGGAUUACAGAGAGAAUUACUCAGAGUAAAACCUCUAGAACAAUAGAGCUUACCUGCAGACAAGCAUAAUGAAAUAUACCCAGCUCAUGGCAGUUUGAAUGUUAAGGACUGAAGGCUUGAUCGCUGUGUAUUCACCCAGUGCGGGUCUAUUUAACACAGCGUUCAUUAACAGAUAAACCACUUAACUUACAUGAAAUCACUUAUUGUCUUGGUCAAGUCUAGGCUGACCUAGAAUUGUAUUUAGUAAUUUGUGUUGAAGAAAUAUGGAUGAAGGUGUACAUAAUGGAAUUUAUUCAUAUGAAUAUUUAUGUACAUAUCAAGUGGCACAUCAAUAUAUAGUAUCAAGCCUUUUGAUGCUGCAGGAGCCUGUGUGUAAACGGAGACCCUGGUGAAAUAAUAACGGAAUAGAAAAAAGGUUUUACUCAAAAGGACUUUCAUUUGAUUAAAGUCAACACCAUGAGGAUAACCCCUGCUUGACUCCCUGACAUUAAAUCUUAGAUGCGUUUAAAACCUAGUUUUAAUUGAAUGUAGGUCUGAGAUAAACUACCAUGUUGGAAAUGGAAAAUACUGUUUAAAUGUAUGUUUUCUAUUGGCUUUGCUCUCAACAGGUUUAUCGGUCAAUUUGUAUUUGCAGUGGAUUUGCAUUUUUAAUUGGAAAUUAAUCUUGUUUGCUAUUGCAGCAAGUUUGUGUGGAAUGGUUAGGGAGGCAGCAGUAAACUACAGUGAAAACUUGAAGGAAAUCCAUUUUUAUCUUCAUUGUAAAGUAAAGGACAUACAAUAUAUGAAGUAGAUUUAGUUGAUCAUUAAAUAAAUGUAAAUAUUUAAAGAAUAUUGUGUUGCUAUAACAACAGUUAGCGCUACAACAUUUUAGGUUACUGGAUAACACAUUUUAGACUAUUUGCAAACUGUGAGGACUUUAUUACUUAUCUGAAUUUCAAUAAAUUGUGUGUGUGUGUCUGCAUGUGGGUCUGUGUGUGUGUGUGUGUGUACGUGUGUGUGCGUGUGUGUGUGCGUGCUUGUGUGCAUUGUGCCAGUGUAAUAACACUUGGUGAAUGAAAGCAGUAGCAAUGCCUUUUAUGUCAAAAUACAGUAUGGAGACUCUCCCUUAUCUUGCUUUACAAUAAGCUUUUUCAUUCUUGUAUACAUCAGCUCAUUAGCAUCAUUAUUCUUCACAUAUAUAUAAUGUUACUGUACCUAUAUUGUAUACUUCUGUACUAGCAGUUAUGCUGGGGCGGCAGGUAGCCUAGUGGUUAGAGUGUAGAGGCGGCAGGUAGCCUAGUG